AUGAACCCCAACCCUGGUCCAUUCCCAUCACUAGACAUGAACCCCAACCCUGGUCCAUUCCCAUCACUAGACAUGAACCCCAACCCUGGUCCAUUCCCAUCACUAGACAUGAACCCCAACCCUGAUCCAUUCCCAUCACUAGACAUGAACCCCAACCCUGGUCCAUUCCCAUCACUAGACAUGAACCCCAACCCUGAUCCAUUCCCAUCAAUAGAAAUGAACCCCAAUCCUGAUCCAUUCCCAUCACUAGACAUGAACCCCAACCCUGGUCCAUUCCCAUCACUAGACAUGAACCCCAACCCUGAUCCAUUCCCAUCACUAGACAUGAACCCCAACCCUGAUCCAUUCCCAUCACUAGACAUGAACCCCAACCCUGGUCCAUUCCCAUCACUAGACAUGAACCCCAACCCUGAUCCAUUCCCAUCACUAGACAUGAACCCCAACCCUGAUCCAUUCCCAUCACUAGACAUGAACCCCAACCCUGAUCCAUUCCCAUCAAUAGAAAUGAACCCCAAUCCUGGUCCAUUCCCAUCACUAGACAUGAACCCCAACCCUGGUCCAUUCCCAUCACUAGACAUGAACCCCAACCCUGGUCCAUUCCCAUCACUAGACAUGAACCCCAACCCUGAUCCAUUCCCAUCACUAGACAUGAACCCCAACCCUGAUCCAUUCCCAUCACUAGACAUGAACCCCAACCCUGAUCCAUUCCCAUCACUAGACAUGAACCCCAACCCUGAUCCAUUCCCAUCACUAGACAUGAACCCCAACCCUGGUCCAUUCCCAUCACUAGUAAUGAACCCCAACCCUGGUCCAUUCCCAUCACUAGACAUUAACCCCAACCCUGGUCCAUUCCCAUCACUAGACAUGAACCCUAACAUUGAUCCCAUAUCUCUCCCUAAACAUGAAAUCCCAUUCCUGAUACAAACCCUUCCCUAA